AUGAGUUCCACAGCUGAAACUACUCCGUUGCUCCCUCAGCAUCAACAGCACUCAGCAUCCUCUAAUACGUCACAACGAGGAAGCCGUCCACCGCGGACAGUGACAUUCAACCCACUGGCCACGGUCAGUACAUACCAUGACGCUGCCGCUGCAGAUCCAACGUUUAGGCCUUUGAAUUCCGGAGCUUCUUCAGUUCCCAAUGCUCAAUCCAGUCAAUCGAGACCGACCGGCCUUUCUGCCCUGAAUAGCAAGCUCCGUCGCCGCAAUAGCCAUGGAGCACCCUACAGCACCGCGCUCCCCUCAAUGCCACCGGCCCCCAAAGUCGGACCCCAGCGAACGACGAAGAAUGCGCAGAAGCUGAAACUGCUUCCUGAUCCCAUCACAGCCGCCGAGGAGGACAUUACCGACGACGAAUUCCCGCGAGAUGUGUAUUCUCAGAUCACUCGAAUCAAGGAACCCACCGCCAGAGUCCACGCGGCCAAGCUAGGCAAAGCAGACAGAGAACGGUUACCGCGAGUAACAGCAUAUUGUACGGCGAAUUCAUACAGACUCGACGGGGUUCUCAAGUUUCUCAAAGCACGGUCCAAGACUCGCGGGGCGAAUCCGAAGCUCUACGAUGAAUGCGUCUACUCUCCGUAUGAUUAUUCAUACGAGGACAAACAAAAGGGGAACAGGACAUUAUCAGGCACUACGCUAGGUCUUCACAAUAUUUCGAGCCCUGAUAGGCCACCUGGAGAGCGCAGGUAUUCGGACAGUGCGGUUGAGGUAGCCGAUAAUACAAACACCCGAAGAGAAGACCUAAUCGACUUGCAAGAAUCGGAAUCGCAACAGCACCACGAUGCCCAGACGGACGGUUCAGUGGCAGUAUCGCAGACCGAUGAGACUCCAGACUUCGACACCACUAUCCACACACCAGAGGUCUUCCUUUUUGACUAUGGCACAGUCGUCAUAUGGGGCAUGACACCCGCAGAAGAAUCGCGCUUCCUUUCCGAUGUAUCUAAGUUCGCAAAUUCCGUCCUGAGUCCGGAGGAUACACAGGUGGAGAAUUUCAACUUCUACUACGCUCGCGAGUACCAGGCGCGGAUAUACAACGACUUCAUCUCAUUACGUGACCCUCGAAACCAUAUGAUCAAAAUCGCCAUCUCACAUGCCCUAUCACAAUCGGUGAAGACAUCUCUCUUUGAAGAUCUCGUUUCGGAAACGAUUUCCAAUACCGCGCCACUACCUGCUCAGAUUGCCCAGACGGGCAGUGUGAAUCUCACACGGCAACAAAUUAACAUGCAGAUCGGAGAACUGUUCAUUCUGCGAAUCAACAUCCAUCUCCAAGGCUCUGUUCUUGACAGCCCGGAGCUGAUGUGGGCCGAGCCGCAACUCGAGCCGGUCUACCAAGCUGUGAGGAGCUAUCUCGAGAUGGACCAACGUGUUAGUCUGUUGACGGAGCGACUGGACGUCAUUGCCGAUCUCCUGGCAGUCUUGAAAGAUCAGCUAACUCACCGCCAUGGUGAGUACCUCGAAUGGAUCGUCAUCGUUCUCAUCGCAGCAGAAAUUCUUGUUGCUGCCAUCAACAUCGUGGUCGACUUGUAUGCUGGAGUCGAAUAA